GUCGAUCGGGACGUUUUUUUUUCCUCGUUGAUCCGUGUCUCUCGUUCCCCUUUCGCUCGCUCGCCCGCCGUUUCGCGCGGGCUCACACACGCAAAGGCUGAGGACCGGUCGUUCAAGUUCAAACCCCUUCUGUCGCCUUCUCCUUUCUCUCACAACUCCCUCCCUUUACAUGUCAUCGAAACAUCACACCAUCUCUCUCGUAUUCACUGUGAUCCUUCCCCCUUCAUAUAUAUUCUGUUGAUCGACAUAUUCGGCUCGCCGUAACCCUCGUCUUCCUCCGACCUUUGUCGGCUUUUCCUCGUCUAUCUAUCCCUAAGCGGCAUCACCCUACUCGGACGACAAGCAGGCUCGACCGAUAUACGGAUAAACUCUUCGACCCCUAAUACCUUCCUGCCACCACCACACCUUUACACCGAUCCUAUCUCCCGUCUUCAUCUGUCACCAUGGGUCAAACUCUUUCCGAGCCAGUAACCGAGAAGCACACGUCGUUCUCGAUCCGGGGCAACAAGUAUGCGGUAGCCGUUAGCGAUAUGCAAGGAUGGAGAAUCAGCAUGGAGGAUGCCCACUCCCUGCAUUUGUCCCUUCCUCCCGGUGUAAAGCAGGGAGACAAGAAUAACUCUGCCCCAGAGCAACCCGCCGGUAGCUCGAUGACCAACAUCGAGGGAGACGACGCACCUGCUUUCUUUGGAGUUUUCGACGGACACGGAGGUUCGGCCGUCGCCAAAUUUACAGGUACUACCAUUCACGAGCGAUUGGCUGCUCUCGACUCGUAUAAGAACGGCGAUUAUGAGAAGGCUUUGAAGACGCUUUACCUGAAGACCGACGAAGACCUCAGGGCCGACCCCAGCUUCUUCCAGGACCCAUCGGGUUGUACCGCCGUCUCGGCUUUGCUUACUCUCGAUGGACGGAUCAUCGCCAACUCUGGUGACUCGCGAUCAGUUCUGAGCGACAAGGGAUACGGGAAACCCAUGUCGCACGAUCACAAGCCUACUAAUGGCCCUGAGAACGAACGUAUCACCGCCGCUGGCGGUUUCGUCGAGUUCGGCCGUGUCAACGGCAACCUCGCCUUGUCCCGAGCUCUUGGUGAUUUCGAAUUCAAGCAAAACUACGGACUUGAGCCUGAAAAGCAGAUUGUCACUGCCGACCCCGACAUCUUGACGCACAAGGUGGAUGGAGAGGAAGAGUUCCUCGUUUUGGCCUGUGAUGGUAUCUGGGACUGCCUCUCUUCCCAGCAAGUCGUAGACUUUAUCCGUCGCGCUGUCGCCAACGGUGACGCGUUGACCAAAAUCUGCGAGGAUCUUAUGGUAAAAUGUCUUGCUCCGGACUCGGAGCUCGGAGGUAUCGGAUGCGACAACAUGACCGUCGUUAUCGUCGCCCUUCUUAACGGGAGGACAUUAGAAGAGUGGCAGGAAUGGGUCAAGAAGAGGGUCGAUGAGAAAGGUCAGUUCGGACCGCGAGUAGGCCGGAUUGCCCGUAACUCGGCUUAUUCCCAUCUUUCCAAUACAGUUGGAUACGACACGCCAGAGCGAGUUGCCGACGUCUUUGGUCACUCAAACGCUAUCCCCCUUCCCGGUGUUGGAGGUGGGAUCCGGCAAGGAGCCAUGGGGGGUCUAGCCACCCUGCAACAGGCUUUGGGCGCCAGAGGUAUUCAGUUGCAAACCACUGACGAGGAGGAAAGCGGUCAAGAGGCGAACGGCCGAAAUCAGGACUCUGCAUUGUCUCGGCAAGAGGCCGUUGCCCAAUUCGUUCGAGCGUUCACCUCGGGAGCUCGAGGACCCACUCAAACUUCCUCCCCCGAUAAACUGGAUUCGGAUACUGAUAUGGACGACAACGACGAGCCUAGCAAAGGCGAGACCCCGCCUCCCUCCUCCUCGGCUGAAGACAAAGUCAAGCAGUCGCAACCUCAGGAGCAGCUCAAAUCCCAACCUCAAGGCGACGAACCGAGUGGCGCCGUCAAGGUCGAAGGUCUGAUGGACAGCUCAGACUCCCCAUUCAAAGCAUAGAAUCAUCUCCUCCCUUCCGUCAGAAUCAUUUUCUCGUUCCCCUGCUAUCACUGCAAAGAUCCACCAUCGCCUCAAAUCUCGUCAUCAAGGUCGACUUGAUAGCCAAGCAUCGUGUAAUAAUUUGUCUGCCUGUCUUGCGGCAUAGUUUCGGUCUUCAUGAUGUGUUCUACAAUUGUAUAACAGCCUGAUAUCGAGCUCAUCGCCCUGUUCGUUAUUCGCUUCGUAUGACGUGACUGGACAAGGGAAUGGUUUCUCGUGAUGAUUAGAUCUGCCUCAAGGUUUCUAGACAAACCUGUCUCCUCCGCUGUUCGCCUUGUUCUCCAAAUUGGCAAUGCGAUCGCGAAUGCUCGGAGAAGAAGGUCGUGGGGAAGUAGGCGAGCUGAGCUCAGCGACGAUCUUGCUCGGCACUGGUCGCGGACCCCGCGUGGCGACUGAAUGGCAUGUUCAACAUCGUAUCAGUGCUU